AUGGAGGCCAGCUCACAUAUAGAAUACUUUGCUGGUUCACAAUCAUUCGAACUUAAUACAUCUGAUUCGUCUAUUGGCGUUUUUGAGUCUCCACUUCCAACUGGUUUCUCCUCAGUGGGUCCACUUGAGGAAGGAGACCCGUCUGAUGAAGAAUGCGGACAAAGUAACACUCACGUCACCAAUUGCAACUAUCGGCGAUCUGGUGGAACAUAUGAGUCAUGGGCGAUUCGACCAUUCGAGGCGAAGGGCCUGACUGAGCCGAAUCUUCGGAAGAAUUACCAGAUCUAUACUGGUCGGAGAAAGCCCAAAGUCUCCAACAAGUCGGGGUUAUUGAGAGGGAUCAUCGACUCCGACUUACAUGACAACGAAAAUCACAGUCGACGCGGGGCGGCCAAGGAUAGCCACAAGGGUUUCGAAUUCGGUCUAUCGGCGUACAGUGAAGACAGGCUACCAGCGCCCCGAUUGAAGAGGGUUGAUACCACCGGCGGGAAGUACCAUGAGGCCAAGAAAGUCGUUCCACUUCGAGAAGAAAUCAAACCGGUUACCUCACGCUGGGUCACUACCGACAAGUAUGGACCGGAUGUGGAAGUCACCAGACGCAAAGCUUGUCUAGUGGCAAGGGGUUUUCAACAGGAAGAAGGCAUUGACUAUGAGGAGACAUUUGCGUCCGUGGUGAAGUCCACUUCAACCCGCAUCUUGCUCGCGUUGGCGGCGAUUUGCCACUGGCACAUCCACCAGGGAGAUGUCAAAACGGCGUUCCUGAACAGCGACUUGGACAAGCCAGUCUACAUGAAAGCGCCGAGGGAUGUGCAAUUACCUCGUGGAUGCUGUUUACUGCUCCUGAAGGCCGUUUAUGGUUUAAAACAGUCACCUCGAGCGUGGUACCAGAAACUCCGGGAUACUCUUGUCAGCUGGGAUUGGCGAAUGGAUGCACAUAAAGCAGCUGGAGAAAUUCACGUCCAUAAAAAGCAAUAUAUCGACCAAGUUGUUAAGAAAUAUGGCUUCAAAGAUGCUGCUCCGGUCAAGACGCCUCUUAACAAAAACGUCAAGCUCGCGAAGCAAGGCGACUACAUCGUGGAUGCCAAAUUCCGCAAAGAAUAUCUGUCUAAGGUCGGAUCACUCAAUUUUAGCAGCAAUCAGACAAGGCCGGACAUUCCCCUUGCUACGGGUUAUGUAGCUCGAUACACAUCCAAUCCAAACCGGGUUCACAUGGAUGCCGUGGAUCGCUUCUUUGCAUACCUGAACAGCGACUCGAGGAAGGGAAUUGUCUAUUUAGAUAAACAUGGUCUUCAGCUUACCGGUUUUGUGGAUAGCGACUUUGCCGGGUGUGAAGACUCGCGCAAAUCAACGACUGGUUGGGUGUUCACGCUCACUGGAGGGCCCAUAUGCUGGUCAUCUCAGAGACAAAAGAUAGUAGCCACGUCAACCAUGGAUGCAGAGUACAUUGCCUGCACCGAGGCUGCGAAGGAGGCUGUAUGGAUACGCAAUUUUAUCAGUGACCUCCGCAUCCCCGUUCCUCUCUACAUGGGCAGUAGUUCUGCCUUGAAGCUUACCAGAAGUCUGGAAUUUCACAGCAAGUCCAAAGAUAUCGACGUCAAGCAUCACUUCAUUCGUGAGAAGGUGGAGGAAGGACUUAUCAAUACACAGCGUGUCAAUACGAAGGACAACUUGGCAGAUGUUUUCCCAGCGGGAACAAAGCCCCAUUGCUCCGCUACCGGAGAAACAAAGAAAUAUGUCUCCGCGCGGUUGAGAGCAGAAGCAGUACUAGCAUCGUGA